CAUCAACUGAUCACAACAUGAACAACAAAGAGCACGUCGAUUCGUUUGUCUAGCAACUUGUCUAGCACCGUCUCAUCCUGUGUCCUUUGGCCAGCCUAGGCGAGCCCAUGCCGAGCCUAACAGUCAGAGGUCACAGAGGGUUCAAAACUAAACCUUCACCGGGCGAGUAAGGGACGAGCCCUUUGGUUGGUUCGGCGGUUCGCCCUGAUCUGGAUUGAGUGUUUGACAUCUUCGUGAUCCGCCUCAUCCCUUUCACGCCCAGCCUCACCAUGGCUCAACCAGCCGUGGCUCGAGCCCCUUGGGUCCAGAUGGCCUGGCAGGCAUCGCUCCAAACCGACUCUCAACCCGUUCAAUCUCAACCCAAAGCCUUAUCAACAGAUACGACGACCUCCUCUUCACCAUCCCCAUCCCCUUCCCCUCCCACUCCAAGUCCCCCUCGACCCCUUGAAGCCCCGACCCCGGCCAGGCGGGCCUCAACGCCCAACACCGAUCCCCAAGUGACCGAUCGAUCGGCUCCCUCCAGCCUCACCCCUCUUUCCGGAGGACCUCGCGAAAUCUACCUCUUACUCGACCAUCUGACCUCCACCUACUUGAACCCGGCCAAACGUGAGGCCGCCGCCCAGGCCUUGGCUCAAGCAGCUUUGCCCAAGGACGAUUGGACCAUUCAUCGAUGGCUCAUCUCUCGCCGGGAACCCGGACCCUAUCCGGAUUUGUGGCGAUCUGGCCAUUCGGCCUGGACCGCUUGGGAUGGACACUUACAUUCCACCCGCACGUUGACCGCUAUUUUGGCGUUAAUAGUCCGCUGUUUGGCGCGUUUGCACCGAUCACCUCGUACUUGGCGCCUAAGUCUGGGAUCACUUCCCACGACGGUCGAGCUAUUGAGCGGUCUCUUGCGUUUGGCUGAUCCUGCAGAAUCCGCCUGCGGUCGAUAUCCGGGCACGAUGGUGAGGCCAGUGAGUCAGCUUCUUCUGGAUAAGUCACUCCAUGAGCACUUAGUUGGAUCCAUUUACCCCACGGGCUGUCCAACUACGGGGCGGUCCUCGUUCGAGCAAGACGUUCUUGAUGGGGCGGGUUCCCUCCCGUUCGAUUCGCUCUACGGUCAGAAGUUUGAUCAACUCGUUGGUGGGGUCGAUAUCAUGGACUAUGAAUCUCAAGCCACGUUGUCCUCGACAUUGUUGGCGGAGUACCCGGAGUCGACUCAGCCCGCCACGCUGAGUGCUUCGACUCGUUCAGUCACCAAGCAAUCGUGCGAUGUGUUGGUGUUGGACUUCUAUGAAUCCGGAUAUGCGCUAGUGGUCAAAAUGACUUUGGCCGAAUUCUCGAAGAAAUUGCUCAUUAUGGAUGAGAAAUUGGCCCAAACUGCGGUCCAUUCUAACGAGGCGUCGGUCAAACCCACGGUUGGCCAGGACGUAAUUGUGAAAGCGCAAGACGCGCAAUUUGAAAACCGGUUUCGUCUCAAUAAUCAGUAUUUCCGCGGGGUCAUUAUUAACGUGAUCAAGAAUCAGUACCGGGUGUUUCUGUACGAUUUAGGUGUAGUAGCUCGAAUCAACGUCAACAUGCCCACCAUGGAACCUCUCCCGUCGUCUUUAAGCCCGUUAAAAUUGUCACCUCUGUGCAAAUAUCUACGUAUCCUUGGCAUUGCUCCGCGAAUCCGUCUACCUGUGCAGGAUCAUGCCGCUCAAGUAUUGAAAUAUGCUGCCAGUCAUUUCAACUCCGAGAUAUUCAACCGUAUUGAAAACUUUCCACAGAUGUUGGAGAAUUUGACCUACAGUCAAAGGAAAGAAUCGAUGGAUGCUGCGUGGGCUCUCCAUCACGCCUACUUCAAAGGCAUCCACCUGAAUUUGCAUAACUUGACCGAUAAAGACUUUCGUGACAACGAAAAAGAUCAAAAGCUCUGUGCUCUGAUUGGCAAAGAACUUAGUCAAGGCCAUGUCAGUAUGGAUUGUCUCAGUACUCUUUUCUAUUGUUUGGAUCUCAUGCAAUCCCAACGCUUUCAAGAGACGUGGACCAUCGCCAAAUUAUCCAAAUCUCUCAGUGACCUUCCACCCAAAUUAACCAAGGCAGAUGAGCAACGCUUAGUGCAAAAACUUAUCGAGAUGUACAAAGAAGGGAACUUGCAUCAAAAACGGGAACGUGUGAAAAUGGCCAUCAAGGAUGCUCAGGAGAAGAAAUCGCGAGAUCAACGUCAUCUCAAGAGCAACUAUCGAUCCUCUGAUCAGGUUAACGUCCAAAAACACUCGAAGAAAAGAUAUUCGGAUAGUCUGGAUGACUCAAACAAGGUGACACGUCCAUUGCGGUCAUUAAGCUACAAUGCCUUGAAAGAUUGUGACAAUCAAAUUUCAAGUCCCCUUGAAAAAGAAGUAAACUCCUUGCCCAAAAAUCGAGUCACCACUCUCGAGGAAGAAAUGAGGAGGGAAUCAGAAAUGGACUACUUUCACGGCAGUCUGUUCAAGGCUUUCAAUCGUAAUGUGGUGUUUCUGGGUGGAAGAAGAGCUCAAGAUGUCGAUUUUCAUGCCAUCAGUCAGCACAUCGUCGCAUUUCUUAAUGUUCACAUUCGCGGAGUCAUCUUUUUGGGAAUUGAAAAAGGUUGUAAGCCCAAUGUGGGUAACAUUACUGGCCUUCAAAUGAACCGGAGGGAACGCGACGAGUUCAGAAUUUUCAUGGAUAACCUUCAACUCCAAGGUCACAUCAAACCCAAACUUCAUCCAGAUUCCAUUCAAGUUACCUUCAAUGCUGUUAGACAUGAGUCUAGAAACUACAAAUCCGAUACCUCACGAUUCGUCAUCAAGAUUGAGGUGAAAGAGAACAAGAGUAAAACUUCGUUUUAUUCGUAUCGAAAUUGUUUUUACGUCAUUGUAAAUCGUCAGAUCAAGGAAGCUUGCGUGGAUGAGUUGAGAGAGCUGUUUCUCACGUCCAUUAACCUUUCCGAAAAGUCAUCUGGGAAGUAACUUUCGCCCUGCGAGUCCAAAUUUGGGGCCAACGUUUGAUGGAUAUUAGAAGCUAAACAGCAAUAAAAUGGGUCUUCAAAAA